AAGGUACAUGCACACACACUGUUUCAAUGCUGCCUAUUUCGGUCCGCAACAUGAAGGAUGCAGGACUUGGGCUCCGCCAUGCAUGAUAACAAUACAGUUAGGGGGAUGAGAAGAACAAAGGAUUGUCAUCUGAACGCCCUCCUCGAUCGCUUCGACUGACUUGGACCCCUCAAUGUCAGCCACGUCCAGGGUAAAGUUUAAGACAGCUAAUGAUGAGGAGAAGGCAUCGGAUCUGCCCUUAGCAUGCAUCCGAAUAUCGCUCAGGGCGUAUGGACACUAUAAAGUGAGUGCCCUUCUCGCUCUCCCUGAUCAUGGGCCUUCGUCCACUUUGUUGUGCUCUCCCAACUCCUCAUUGCCCACUUCCGGUUACCCGUCUUUCCAAGACUACAAUUACCCCAUCGGCUGUUCAUACACGUAUACGUACAGAACCUAUACCACUACUACACACACCCUUUGGGUCGACUAUGCAUAUCGACCAGAUCAUGUUCGGCACCUGCAACACCUCCAAACCCACCGUCAUCUUCGUGACCGGCGCCUGGCACCAACCCCACCUUUACGCACCCCUCCUCGACGGCCUCAAAAAGACCAGCUUUCCCGUCGUCGCCCCCUCUCUCCCCUCCGUCGGUGGCUCCUCCGAAGACGACUUCGCUCACGAUGUGCGCGUGAUCCGCAAAGCUAUCGCCGAAGAGGUAGCCCAAGGCCAUGAGAUUAUCGUCCUGAUGCACUCGUAUGGCGGUAUGGUGGGCAGUGCAGCCGUCCAAGGCUACGCAAAAGAGGAAGUCAGAAGUGGAGGUGGAGUCAUACGGAUGAUCUACCUCACAGCCUUCGCCAUGGAUGUAGGACUUUCACUCAUGGACGGUCUGAACGGCACACCACUCCCCUGGUUCGCUUCCGCAAACGCGCAUCAAUGGGCCGCAACAAAUACAUCUCAAAUCUUCUACAACGAUGUGGAUCCCAGCAUUGCGGAUCCCCUGGCCGAUGAGUUGGAUCUGCAGAGUAAAGCUAGCUUCGAAGCUAAGCAGACGUAUGCGGCGUGGAAGUACAUCGACAGCACGUAUAUUGUUUGCGAGUUGGAUAAUGCGAUUCCGAAGCAGGCGCAGGUGGCUAUGGCCAGUCAGCCCGGCGGCAAAUUCACGAUCGAGUAUUUGGAAGCUGGACAUUCGCCUUUCUUGUCCAUGCCGCAGAGUACGGUGGAGACGAUUAGAGAGAUUUUGUGGGAGCCUGUGUAGAUGACAUGGAGCUUAUGGUUUGCGAAUCAACCUUCUCUCCAUCUCUUUACUUUCUCUCGCGAUAUUGUCGUGAUCGGGGGGCGUAGAUUUUGGUGUAGCCUAGAAGAUUGUAUGCUAUCAUCUGGAUGAAAUGUUCUCUUGAUCUUCUUGGC